GCAGUCGGCGGACAUGGCGACCGCGCUCCUGGCGGGCGAGAAGCUGCGGGAGCUGAUUCUGCCGGGCGCGCAGGACGACAAGGCGGGCGCGCUGGCCGCGCUGCUGCUGCAGCUCAAGCUGGAGCUGCCGUUCGACCGCGUGGUCACCAUCGGCACCGUGCUUGUCCCCAUCCUGCUGGUCACCCUGGUCUUCACCAAGAACUUCGCAGCCUCGAGCCCCGGGGGACUGGGCCUGCCGCCCCUGCUGGUCUCAGAUGUGAAUGGCCCGGUCUGGGCGGUAUUAUGUCACGCCUGGUCUGAGAGGCUGGAGGAGUGGCCAGAGGAACCUAUUUACUGUUACACCCCGCACAACUUCACCCGCGACCAGGCAUUGUAUGCCCGUGGCUACUGCUGGACGGAGCUGCGGGAUGCGCUGCCCGGUGUGGACGCCAGCCUGUGGCCAUCAUUGUUUGAGCACAAGUUCCUGCCGUACGCACUGCUGGCCUUUGCUGCCAUCAUGUACGUGCCUGCACUGGGCUGGGAGUUCCUGGCCUCCACCCGCCUCACCUCAGAGCUCAACUUCCUGCUGCAAGAGAUUGACAACUGCUACCACCGGGCUGCGGAGGGCCGUGCGCCCAAGAUCGAGAAGCAGAUCCAGUCCAAGGGGCCGGGCAUCACAGAGCGGGAGAAGCGGGAGAUCAUUGAGAAUGCCGAGAAGGAGAAGAGCCCAGAGCAGAACCUGUUUGAGAAGUACCUGGAGCGCCGGGGCCGCAGCAACUUCCUGGCCAAGCUUUACCUGGCCCGGCACGUGCUCAUCCUGCUGCUCAGUGUGGUGCCCAUCUCCUACCUGUGCACCUACUACGCCACCCAGAAGCAGAAUGAGUUCACCUGCGCACUGGGUGCCGCCCCCGAUGGCGUGGCGGGUGGGGGGCCAGCUGUGCGCGUCAGCUGCAAGCUGCCAUCUGUGCAACUGCAGCGGAUCAUUGCUGGUGUGGACAUCGUGCUGCUGUGCUGCAUGAACCUCAUCAUCCUUGUCAACCUCAUCCACCUCUUCAUCUUCCGCAAGAGCAACUUCAUCUUCGACAAGCUGCACAAGGUGGGCAUCAAGACCCGACGGCAGUGGCGCCGCUCCCAGUUCUGCGACAUCAACAUCCUGGCCAUGUUCUGCAAUGAGAACCGGGACCACAUCAAGUCGCUCAACCGGCUGGACUUCAUCACCAAUGAGAGUGACCUCAUGUACGACAACGUGGUGCGGCAGCUGCUGGCCGCGCUGGCCCAGUCCAACCACGAUGCCACACCCACCGUGCGUGACUCAGGCAUCCAGACUGUGGACCCCAGUGCCAAUCCUGCCGAGCCUGACGGCUCUGCUGAGCCACCAGUGGUCAAGCGGCCACGCAAGAAGAUGAAGUGGAUCCCCACCAGCAACCCGCUGCCACAGCCCUUCAAAGAGCAGCUGGCCAUCAUGCGCGUGGAGAACAGCAAGGCUGAGAAGCCCAAACCCGUACGCAGGAAGACAGCAACUGACACACUGAUCGCCCCACUGCUGGAUGCGGGUGCCCGUGCUGCACACCACUACAAGGGCGGAGGAGGUGACCCGGGUGCCACCAGUGCCCCAGACAAGAAGCAUGCACGCCACUUCUCCCUGGAUGUACACCCCUAUAUCCUGGGCACCAAAAAAGCCAAGCCCGAGACGGUGCCCACAACCCUGCCUGCCUCCCGCAGCCAGGAAGGCAGCUUCCUGUCCCAAGCUGAGGAAUGCGGGCUGGGCCUGGCCACAGCACCCACCAAAGAUGCCCCCCUCCCUGAGAAGGAGACCCCGUACCCUGCAGAGCCAGCCCGGCCUGGACUUCCUGCGGGGGGCCCAUUCCACGUCUGCUCGCCCUCUGCACCUCCUGCUACGGCUCCUCUUUCACCAGUCAGCCUGGGCAAGGCCGAUCCCCUGGCCAUCCUGAGUCGAAACGCCACUCACCCCCUGCUCCACAUCAAUACACUGUACGAAGCCCGGGAGGAGGAAGAGGGGGGCCCCCGGGUGCCUCCAGACAUGGGGGACCUCAUUGCCAUCCCCCCGCCCCAGCAGAUCCUCAUCACCACUUUCGAGGAGCCCAGAACAGUCGUGAGUACUGUGGAAUUCUGAGGGCCGGGCCUCCUGGGCCCUCGUAGGGGGCGUGGACACAGCCUCUGCUCGACGGCGCCGCAGCCCCAGCCUCUGCUGCGUGCCAAGGCUCAGCACCCUUCCAGGGGCUCCCUAGGCACCAGUGCAAGAGGGUGGGGCAGGGCAGAAGCGAGGUGCUGCCCACCCUGAUGGGUGCCAGGCCAUCAGAUGAAGAGUUUAUUUUUUUAGCCAGUUUUGUUGUGGAGCAAGUUUGGCAGGAUGGCUCAGUGCCCUGCACCUUGGGGCCCAACCCAGGGCAAGCAAGGAUACUGGGGAAGGUGUGGCUGUGGGGCCACGCCCCAGGGGUCAUUCACAGAGGAGCUCCACCCUGCAGGCACCUUGGCCCUCAGGUGGGGUAAGGGCAGCCCUGGGUCCAAAUUGAUGUGCACUUUCUCCCUGUAGCCUGACAUACACUUUAUUUUACUAUGAUUACUGCACCUGACAAGCAUACUUAUCAUCAGGAGAUUUGAGAUGCAUUUAAAGCAAGGGGUGGUGAGUGACAGUGAAUGAGCAGGCGGCGAGUAGUGAACUUGAGUGUGUGGGGAGAGGCCCAGUGCCGCCACUGUACCAGCAUUUGUGAGCAGGUGUGGGUGUAAGCGAGCGUGCGUGCGCGCGCGUGUGUGUGUGUGUGUGUACUGGCCUGUGUGUGCAAGGAGCACCAUGUGUGUGAGCCAGGGGUGAGGGCAGGUGGGCACCAGCACAUGAGUCAGGGAAGGAGUCCAACGCAAUAACCACACCCCUCCUGGGCCCAAGCUGCAGGGGUACCUGGAGCCCUGGCUGCCUCUGGCCCCGCCCCAUUACCUCAGCCACGGCAGCUGUGAUGCAGUAUUAACGAGGUAGCACUGAGCAUAUCAAUAAAUGUUAUUCUGAUAACCGCUGGUCCUGCCAUGCCCUGCUCCCUGCACCGCGCCUCCUGCCCAAGCUUCAGAGUGGUCCCUGGCUUUCUCCGUUCUCGUAGCUGCCUAGUGGGGUGCAGAGGUGUUGAACCCUACCCUGAUGUGGGGGGGAGGGAGGGCCUGGCCCUGGGCACAGAUAGAUGAGUGUCCCCCACCCAGGCUCAAGGAGACUUCUCCAGGGGCAGACACCUGGGGAUGGGAGGCAGGCAGGCAUCCUGCCAGGGAGACAGAGCUGCAGUCCAUGAAGGCUUCCCAAGCAGGUCCU